UUUAUUUUACGUCGAAGUUGAUAAGGUUUUUGUUAUCGUAUUUGCUGACCCUUCGCAGUCCCUCUUACUGCAUUUAUGACUGGUAUUGUUGUAUGUUCGAAGAUCUAGAGCGGUUGUAACCAUAACCGUAACCGUAACUAUAAAAAAGCUGUAAUUAAGUAAUCAAUCGCCUUUUCUACAUGUUUGCAUUUCGAGAACUCGCUUUAAUGUUUCUUUAGUUUUAUAAUUUAUUCAGCAAGUAUGCUGCACCCCUGUGAGAUUAUAGCAAUUGUGUGGGUUUUUCGCUACACAUAUGCCGACUCCACCGUACCCAGUGCUUUUGCCAAUGCGGUUCCAGCCGGUUUGGGACAUACCACGGGUGCCACAAAACCACAAAACAAGGUCACCUCCGCAAACUUAGAUAAUUUUGUCGCUGUUGAGUACAAACCAUCAUCCUCCGAUAUUAAAGAUAUCCAACACGUUGCGUUGAUCCCAGGAGAGUCGGGCAACGGAACAUUACCAUUCAACGCAUCAUGUCCGGCGAUGGUUUCCCGUGCGGAGUGGCAUGCGCGCGAUCCGGUUUACAAUAACCAAACCGCGGUCAAAACCUUUCUACAGUACCCAUUGCGCUACAUGGUGUACACGCAGACGCUAACCGGCACCACGGUGCACGGGACGUGUACUGAUCGGGAGUCCUGCAAGAAAACCGUCAAAGCCAUACAGGAUGAUCAUAUGGGCUUCUCGCCUUCAUCCACCACGAAAUUCGCCGAUAUCGCUUACAAAUUAACCCGUUUAGGGUAAGAAGGGGGUUCCAUUAAAGUUCCAUUAGUUCCGGUAGUUCCAUUGGUUCCAUAAAUUCCGCUGCUGCAAAUAUUCGUACAUCGUUCUUUGGCGAGAAUAGUGUAACAAGGGUUACGCUAAUCGAACCCAAAGAAACUACUGUGGGUUCGAUUAGCGCCCUAUCUCAGAGCGCCCUCGUUUGGCACCUGUGGAACCUAUGGAACUGUAUUGGAACUUAUUGGAACUGAUGGAACUACUGUACAUCGUUUAAUUGCGCCCUGAUGUGACACCUGUGAAACCAAUGGAACUCUAUUGGAACUUAUUGGAACUGAUGGAACUACUGUAUACCGUUUAAUUGCGACAUUUUGUGACGCCAGUGGAACCUACGGAACUCUAUUGGAACUUACUGGAACUGAUGGAACUACUGUACAUCGUUUAAUUGCGACCUGGUGUGACACCAGUGGAACCUAUGGAACUCUAUUGGAACUUAUUGGAACUGUUGGAACUACUGUACAUCGUUUAAUUGCUACCUGAUGUGACACCAGUUAAGCCUGUGAAACUUUUUUGGAACCCGUUGGAACCGAAGGAAACACUGCAAAUAUGCCUUCGGGCUCUUAUGCUAUCUUUACCUGUUGCUGUUGAAACCUGUUGAACUAAAAGUUACUUCAAAAAUUGCUGUAGUUAGAAGUAUUUUCGAAAAUAAUGUUAGUGAGGCGUACUAUAGCUCACAGA